GCGCGGGAUUCAAACUCCCGGAAGCCGGAGCGCGGCGGAGGGUGUGGAGUUGCCGACCGUAGCGCAGCGUUUCGCCGGAUUGCGGACUGGCCUGCUGGGUGGCGCAGCUGCGGAGGCUGGCAGCUGAGCGUCCAGUGUCGGCUGCGGCCUGGCGGUACCGGGCCAGACCGCGCGAACCAAGCUCAGUGGGCAGGUCGCCCCGACACAUGCCCCUUUCCCGGACGCUCGCUUCAUGCCUGGCACCCUGCUGGACGCUUUUCCUUGGUUGUCUCUUCAGUUCCUCCUUUUGACUUUGCGACCAUUUCAGAGAUGUCUUCCAGAAGUCCUAAAGAUUUAAUUAAGAGUAAGUGGGGAUCAAAGCCUAGUAACACCAAAUCAGAAACUGCAUUAGAGAAACUGAAAGUAGCAGUGGAUGAACUUACAAGUGGAAAAGGAAAAUUUACUGAAAAAGAGAGACGCAGACUUUUGGAGAAAAUUCAAGUUCUUCAAGCUGAAAGGGAGAAAAAUGCUUAUCAGCUCACAGAGAAGGAAAAAGAAAUACAGCGACUCAGAGACCAGCUGAAGGCCAGAUACAGUACCACUGCCUUGCUGGAACAGUUGGAAGAGAAAACGAAGGAAGGUGACAGAAUGGAACAGUUGUUGAAAUCCUUAUCUGAAGAGACAGAUUCAUUGAAGAAACAAUUAUCUGCUUCAAUGGAAAGACUUGGUGAAUUUGAAAACCAAGCUAGUGCACUUCAUUUAUCACAGACUGUGGCUGCAAGCACACCAAUGAAUAAUGCUCAUGAGUUGGAAAUACAACUGAAAGAUGCUCUGGAGAAAAAUCAGCAGUGGCUUGUGUACGAUCAGCAGCGAGAGGCCUUCGUUAAGGGACUGUUAGCAAAGAUCUUUGAGCUGGAAAAGAAAACAGAAACAUCUGUUCCUUCACUCCUACAGCAGACGAAAAAGACUGAAUCAGAAGGUGAUCUCCAAGAAGAGAAGCAAAAAUAUUACAGCCACCUCUUGGCAAAUGCCAAAAGGGAUCUUGAGGUUGAAAGACAAACCAUAACUCAGUUGAGUCUGGAACUUAAUGAAUUUCAGAAAAAAUAUGAAGAAGCCCAGAAAAAAAUUAAAGAUUUAAAUCAGCUGUUGUGUUCACAAAGAAAGGCAGAAGUACAACAUCUAGAAGAUGACAGGCAUAAAACAGAGAGAAUAGAGAGACUCAAGGAAGAGAAUAAUAUUGCCAGGGAAAAAUUUGAAGAAGAAAGGAAGCGAUCUGAAGAGCUUUUGUCUCAGGUCCAGCUUCUUUACACGUCUCUGGUAAAACAGCAAGAGGAACAAACAAGGAUGGCUCUGUUGGAACAACAGAUACAGUCAUGUACUUUAGACUUUGAAAAUGAAAAACUUGACCGCCAAAAUAUGCAGCACCAAUUGCAUGUAAUUCUUAAGGAACUCCGAAAAGCAAGAAAUCAAAUAACACAGUUGGAAUCCUUGAAGCAACUUCAUGAGUUUCCCUUCACAGAGCCAUUAGUCACUUUCCGAGGAGAGACUACAAACAAAGUAAAAGUUGCCUCGCCUAAAAGUCCCACCACUGCACUCAAUGAAAGCCUGGUGGAAUGCCCCAAAUGCAGUGCACAGUAUCCAGCCACUGAACAUCGGGAUCUGCUUGUCCACGUCGAGUACUGUUCACAGUAGCAAAUGGUCAUUUGUUUUUAUGCCAGAAGAUUCUAUGUUGCAUCUUCUGUUGCCUAUGAACACUUCCAAUUACAUAUUCCACCUCUGGCUUAAGAAACUGUUUAUCUACCUUUGACACUUGGACAUGCAAAUGAAUCAUUGUAUUUUUUGGCUGCUUUGCGUUUUUCUUUACAGUGAUACCUCCAUGAGAUGGUUUCUCAUCAGGCUGCAGAGACAGAAUGUAGUGAGCAGUGUGCACUGGGGCUGCUAAUGUUUUGCAUAGUUAAAGAACUUGAUAAAGAAAAGAUAAUUCAGGUUACUGAUUGUGGGUUAAGUCUAUUGUACCAGCAAAAACAAAAAAACAAAACAAAACAAAACAAAUAUAUAUAUGCGUAUACAUAUAUAUUAUGUGGGUUUUUUAAAAAUAAAAGAUAAUUAACUGUUGACAUUUUAUAUCUAAGCUUUUAGUAUAGCAACAAUUCUAAUUUUAAUGACCACUGGUUCAUUUUUUUCCUUGCUAUUAUAGAGCAGUUAACAGAAAUGUUGGGAAUUUUUAUAAUCCUUAUUGCUGCUUGCUAUUGAAACUGUAAACCCAGCUAUAUACUAAGGACAGAACUGAUUCUGCUUGAGGAAUACGCUUAGUAGCUCCAUGCAAUGUUUUCUCUCAUAUUGUCUGGCUGUAACUUUUAACAUGAAUGUCAUUAGCACGCAUUGUUUAGCUAAAGUGGUUAAAACUGAUUUUAACAAAGCCAUCUAGUCUUCUUUGAUUUGGAGGUAUUUCGGUUUUUUAUUAUUUUUGGCACUCCUACAUCUGGGCAAUGUAAUUAUUACAUUUUUUCAAUAGAUAUUUUUAUACAUGCUUUGCAUAAACCAAAAAAAGUUUUUUAAAUUCAGAUUUUCUACCAUGCUUAACACUGGGCUACUGUUAGCAAUAUAAAAGAGAAAAGAAUAAAAUUAUUUAAUAACUUUGA